AUGUCAACGACAACGGUUUCGUGCUUCACGACGAAACUGAAGCAGUUCAGUGGAACCGGGUUUCCAGCGUGGGGUGCUCAAGUGAAGCUAGUUCUUGAGAUCAAGGGAUUAUGGAAUGCAAUUCAAUUGCCCAGACCCACCGACUUCGAUCUCAAGGCUGAACGAGACGCUGCGGUGGCAGCAGGAGCUGGAACGUCAUCGGCGUCGGGGGCGCCAUCGCCGUCCGGGACGGUGUCUAUUGCGGUCUCGACUACGCCGCUGCUCGACUGUUUAAUGAAGCAGAAAAUAGCCUCAACCAUCAUUCUCGCAGCACUGAGUGAGAAAUUGGCUGCUGAGGUUUAUCUACUCGAUCAUCUGUUGGCUAUGCUGCGGCACUUGCGCAUGACCUACAAUGUCAAGUGCAGCGCCAGUGUUGGCGCUGCCAAGCGGGAGUACAUUGGGCUCUACCUAGAUGGGGACGAGUCGAUGAUCGAGCACAUCCAGAACACAAGGCGUGUUCUCGAUGAGCUGCAGGAGCAGCAUGUACUGAUUUCUGACGAUGAAAAGUGCCGGAACUUUAUGCAGAGUCUAGGACCUGCAUGGAAUGGCUUCGUUGGUGUGCUUGAAUCGUGUGCAACGUUUGAGUUAAUGAUACAACGCUGCCAUGCUGAAGCAAUCCGGCGUGAUCAACAGAAGAAUCGACGCUCAAGCUCUGUGUCUAACAGUGGCAAAGCAGCUGCUGCAUUCAGUGCUGAGCAAACGUCGGGUAAGCAGAAAUGA